GGUGAUCAUAAACUCCUCCCUCUUACAACACUCACCAGGAAGAGACUGAGUUAUUUCUCUUUUCUGUCAUGAUGACUCUCUUCUCUCUCGACAAAAGCAAUAAAGAAGCAGCGAUCAGUGGAGAAUGAAGACAAACACUUUCAAGAAGGAUUUGUGAGACAUUUGUUUCUGAACAGAGAGCAGAUCGUUGUGAUUUAUUCUUAAACCCGUCGUUCAGAGAGUGAAAGUAAAGUUUGUGUUGCUGGAGCUCAAACUGUGGAAAUGGCUUCACUAAACGUGUCUGCAGAAGAGCUUUCUUGUCCCGUGUGCUGUGACAUCUUCAAGGCUCCUGUUGUUUUAUCCUGUAGUCACAGUGUCUGUAAAGAGUGUCUUCAACAGUUCUGGAGAACCAAGAAAACUCAAGAGUGUCCCGUCUGCAGGAGAAGAUCCUCAAAAGAAAAUCCUCCAUAUAAUCUGACACUGAAAAACUUGUGCGAGUCAAUCCAGAAGGAGAGAAAUGAGACUCGUUCACCAGGAUCUGAGGAGAUCUGCAGUUUACACAGUGAGAAACUCAAACUCUUCUGCCUGGAGGACAAACAGCCGGUGUGUUUAGUGUGUAUUACUUCACAGAAACACGACAAUCAUAAAGUCAGACCCAUCAGUGAAGUGGUUUCAUCAUAUAAGGAGGAGUUCAGAACAGCACUGAAGUCCUUACAAGAGAAACUUAAACACAAUGAAAAAAUGAAAGUAGAGUUUGAGGAAACAGAAUCAAGAGUCAUGUAUAGUAUCACCGCUCAAGCUGACCACACAGAGCGUCAGAUUAAACUGCAGUUUGAGAAGCUUCAUCGGUUUCUCAGAAAAGAAGAAAGAGCUACAGUCACUGCACUGAAGGAGGAAGAGAAGCAGAAGCAGCAGAUGAUGAAGGAGAAGCUGGAGGAGAUGAACACACACAUCUCAGCUCUUUCACACACAAUCAAAGACAUGGAGGAGAUGAUGAAUGCCAAUGACGUCUGCUUUCUGAAGGAGUUUCCAGUCUCAAUGGAAAGAGUCCAGAGCUCACGGCCGGAUCCACAGAUGGCGUCUGGAGCUUUGAUUCAUGUGCCACGAUACUUGGGCAACCUGCCGUUCAGAGUCUGGAAGAAGAUGGAGGACCUCGUCCAAAACACUCCUGUGAUUCUGGAUCCAAACACUGCGAAUCCACAUCUCGUCCUGUCUGAUGAUCUGACCAGUGUGAGAAACAGUGGGAACAAUCCAACUCUUCCUGAUAAUCCAGAGAGAUUUGACUGGUAUUCCUGUGUUCUGGGUUCAGAGGGUUUUAACUCAGGAACACACUGCUGGGAUGUGGACGUUAAAGAGAGUAAACUCUGGACUCUUGGAGUAACUUCAGCAUCAGCCCAGAGGAAGGGAUACGGUUUCUUCAACACUGAUGUCUGCUGUGUGUGGUACGGAUCUUCUGUAAAUUCUGGUUUUCUUAUUGAACAGAAGCUUGAUCGUGUGAGAGUGAAUCUGGACUGUGAUGGAGGAACGGUGUCGUUCUCUGAUCCUGUAACUAACACACAUCUACACACAUUCACAACCACCUUCACUCACCACACAAUCUUUCCAUUCUUCCGGUGUUAUCCCUCUCUGAGGAUCUUACCGGUCAACACUCAGUAAAGUGACUCCUGUAGAUCUGGAUCUUCCUGCUUUCAUCAUGUUUCCAAUAUUUACUCCAUAUCUCAUGAGUAAGAGUGCUGUAGAUCUGAGUGUCAGUACGGCUGCUGUGAUUGGGCCGUGAUGAUCACAUGACUGAUAUCCAGCACUACAGCAACACACACACACUCUCAUGUUGCUUUAACAGAUCAAUAAACAACUGUGAAGUUUGUCACUAAUUUUCACAUUAUUAUAUCAUAUAUUUUCUGUAAACUGAGCCUAAUUCUACACAAUGAAUAAUAGUUUAUUUCAGUUUAAAUGAUCAUUUUCUCAAUUAAGUACAUUGAUGUAAAAUUAAUGAUAAACAUUAUAGGAAGAUGAUGUUAAUAUUUCUCAACCGAUUUCAGUGAUUUAUGAUUUAUGUGGAUUAUAAAAAAGGUUCAGUCUGAAAUUAUUAAGACUCUCGCUGGUUUAGAGCUUGACAUUUUUUAAUGGUUAAUUAUUAAUGAGGAAUUGUGAAAACUCAAGCGUGUCGAGCUAAGUUUUGGUUUGUUUUUCUGGGUUAAUAAUUGUAGAGAUGUCCCUAAUGUAAUAUAAUUUAAUGUACAUGAAAUAUGUAUAUGUAUUGUGGAAAUGGUCAUAUUAGCUUUUUCUCUUGUUCCUUUAGUGUUCUGUCUUCAAUCUCGUCAUAGGACGGAUGUCACAGGGCAAUUUAAAUGAUGUGAAGAUAA